AGCACACCCAAGGGUGUUGAUGCAGCAUGCCCAUGGGUCUGGGCCCUGAGUUGUGGUGAAGAUUUCAGACCCUUUUCUUUUGUUUUCUGGUCCUUUUCUGUCCAAGUUUAUUGGAUAAUGAAGAGUUAAUAUUCACACUGUUAGUCAUCAGUCACUUAUCUGUGCCAGUUUGGGAAGAAGCUAACCUCUACCCUGGGCUCAGGAAGGUGAGGAAACUUGAGUCAUGCAUAGUGUUAAUGAAAAUGUUGCAAAAAUUUCCAUAGUCUCCCCAGCUUGGUCCUGCAACAGAUGAACAAGUGUGUGAGAAACUGCACCCUAAACUGCAGUGGUUUUGAUAUGGGACUACCCAGAGUGCUCUUUUGUCUCAGUAAAAGUUAUUUUUUAUUGUUAUUAUUACACAAAAACAGCUAUUGACUAACCAAACCUCAAGGAGAGGAACAAUGUACAAAGCAGUUUUUCCUGCAGUCGUCGCUGUGAGACACACAAUGAUCAGGCAUGUGCUAAGUUUCAUCUUGGUUUUCAGUUUUGUCUGCUAUAUCCAUGUGCUUGAAAUUGGAAUGUGGCCCUUACUAACUGUGAAGAAACAAAAAUCAAGGGUUUCAUUGCCAUAGAGACAGCAGGUACAAAGAGUUGCCAGAUCACGUAAUCUAGAAAAGAUACGGGAAGCGACUGGGCACUAUCUAUAAAGAAAAAAACUUGUCCCUUUGUCUGUAUUGCUGUCAUCAACAUUAAACCUUGUGUCAUGGCAAUUUUUUACUGAGAAGUUAUGAACAUGGUCCUUGGUCAUGUCUGAAAUGUACCUAGAGGUUACUAAAACCAGCAACAUUGUUCACUGCUGGGACCAAUAAAGCUAAAACUGGUGCCUACAGCGAGAGCAGGUUUGGAUGCUGCCCAAGGCGUGUUUAGCGUCCUCCUUAAGGCAUCUCACCUGAUGCCAAAAGGGGUGUCUCUGCCUUUCCCCCCUGCAGGCAGGUCCCUGUACCUUGCUCCUGACACCAUCCAGGCCUGUGGCAGUGGUGGGGGUCACUGUGCAGCUGCACCUCUGCCUGGCUGCAGCAGCGUGCAGGGAUGGGUGGCAGUGCAGCCUUCAACUGCAGAUCGCCUUUAGCGAAGGGCACAGUUCGUACCUCUGUAAAUCUUCAGCCUGUCUGGUUCGAUCUCAUGGGAAGGACUUCUUAAGAAUAUCUCCUUUCCCCUGUUUUUUUAGGGAAAGAAAAUGGUGACAGUCUUUGCUGUCACUGCUUUCCCAACAGCAAGUUCAUGGGAUCCCCGAUGGCAUUUGGGUUUUGACAUUAGCUGUCACUAGUAAAAGCGUGUCCAUAUGUUGUCAAAUACAUGUCUGUGUGUUAGAGCAGAAUCCACUGAAUUCAUGAAGUCCUGAGGCUGCAGCAGGGGUAGUCGUUUACCCCUGGAAUGAGGGAACAUAUCAGAUGAAGGGGGUGACCAGACUUAACAAAAUAUGAGUUUAUCCUAGUCAUUUGGAUGAAUAACCAUUGAGUUGAUUAGUAGGUUUCUAUAUGCAUGCUGAUUAAGUUCUUCAUUAAGACUUAGGUCAAAGGGUCAGGGGCAUGGAAAAUUAAAGCCAAGACUGUCUUAUGCCUUGAGUAGGUAUUCAUGGCCAAAACAGCUGAAUGGUCAAAACAACUGAAGUCCUGGAUAGCAUGACCCCUUGAGACAGGGAAGGAGACAAAUUUAAAAGCCCCAAAGAACUAGUUUUGCAAAAUGUGUAAUGGCCUGUUAGAAAAGUGAGGACUUCACUUUGGCUCCAAUACACUAAAAGAAAAAAAAUUAAAACCUGAUACUUGUCUCGCUCUCUGUCCCUUAUUGUUACCUCUUUUCAGUAACUUUUGUUUCUUUAUGUUGUUCUUCAUGUCUGUCUUUUCCUUCUUUCUGUUUUCUAAGUGCUGUUGCUGUCUGUCUUUUCAUUCACCUUCAUCCCCUUGAGCCUGCUUGAAACCUGGUCAGGGUUUCAGAGCUGCAGUUGGCGCUGGAGAAUAUUGAGGGCUGCUCGCAAACAAUAACACCAGCCUAUUACUCUCUACUCAUCUGCAGAGUGAAAUUGUUUAAAAUUAAGAUCCUGCUCCUACUCAACUUCUCCAUUUGGGGUUUUCCCCAAACCUUCCCAGAAACAGAUGGUGCUUCCUGGAGCUGUGCUUGCAGAGCACCACACUUUCUGAAGCACUGCCUCCUCCUGAUGAAACCAACCAGAUCCAUCAUUUCUCCAGAGCCACCAGGUCCGAAGAAAGCCCAUGUAUGAGCUGUUUGGCUGUUCUGAUGUCGGUCUGUGCAGAGGUUGUGUGUAGUCAACAGCUUGACCAGGAUGCACCCUGAGGACAUGAGUUCAUGGCAAGGAUGAAAGAGUAUCUUCUGGUUUAGAAAGCUUGGCUAUGGAAGUGAUCUUAGGCUGCAUCUAGAAGUACAACUUGGAUCAAUUUAAUUGAUCCUGUAAGAAGCAUCAUGCCUUUGAAUUGAUACCUUUUCCUUUGCCACUGACUUCAGCAAUGACUUGUCUGUUCCAGAGCUUCAGAGAAGGUUCAGGAAAACAUGCAGUAGGUUGAGAUGCCUCCUGGGAGGGGAGAUGGAAAUUGAAAUAGGUUAGAGAUGCUCUGGGAGCAAGCUCAGUUAAAGGGAAAAAGCUGAAGAGGGUAUGUGUUUCAUUUACUACAAGACAGAAUAGAAGCUUUCUUUGAGAAACUAGUAUUUUAAAUAACAGGAAACUUAAAAAUUAACACUUUUCUAGAAAAUAAGAUACCUUACUUUAGGGGAGGGAAAAAGAACCAGAGACUAGAAAGCCAGGGGAGGAGGCAGAGGAGAGUAAGGAAACAGUGGGGCUAGAGAUGGAACCCAUGGCACUGCUGGGAGGGCAGCACGUUUUGGUCUGGGGAAGGAGGUUGGCACAGAAUCAGGGGAGAUGAAGGCUGUCAGGAAGCCUGUGUGUGCAAUUAAGUUUGGGCUACAAAAUCAUUAGUGUUUAUGGCCAUUUAGAUUAUUACAAACCUGAAUGUAAGCAUUUAUUUUCUUAAAAUGGAUUUUAUCUCAGUUGAGGAGUUUGGUUUAAGUACAAAAUGCCUGCACAGCUUGUAGUGUGAGUUGAUGCAGUUGCUCUGUGACUGGACUGGUGCUGUUUCCCCCAUGAGCCAUCCCUUUGUUUCCUGCAACGAGUGGGUCCGCCUGGGUUCUCCAGGGCUACCGUGGAGGGAUUCAGAGGCGUGGACCUGGGUUUGUCCUUGCAUCCAUAUGUGUCUCCUGCUGCCCAUGAUUUUCUUUUUCUUUGGUCACAUCAACCACCACUUUUGUGAAAGAUGAAAACUCCUCUGUAUCUUGGACAAAAACUGUGAGAAAAGUUCUUGGUAACCUUGUGUUGCUCCAUCUGCAGACCCUACAUCAGUGCAGUAAAGGAAAAAUACUUUUCAAUGGCUUGCCUUUUGUCCUAACGCUUUUAAAACAUUUUUAGACAUGAUCUGUUCAAAGCUAAGCUGGGGGAUUUCCACUCCCUUGCUGUUUUAAAAUGCUCGUACUGUUAUUUUAACCACAAAGCUUACGCUGGUGCACUCUCUCUCUUGCAUGCUCUCUCAUUUUCUCUCCAUUGAGGACCAGCUACAGUUUUCAGUUCAGAGAGUACAGGCGCAGGCACUGGAAGCCAGAAGUGGAAGAAGAGCUUCUGCAAUCCACCCUGCGUCACCAGUGGGUGUUGGGAUUACGCGCCUCCUGCGAUGGUUUGGAUUGCGCUGAGCGCUGGCCAGUGGCAGGAUUAAUAUAGCCAAGAACUCACACAUAAUUCAGUAAAACUCUGAAAAAAUAGGAUUGGAGUUUACUGUAUAAAUGAGUGAUCAAUGGGAAAAAGAAAGAUGUAAAGUUAAGAGGCUUUGACUCCUGUAACACCUAAACUGAAGUUGGUGCCACAUUUCCCUCCAAAAUCUGUCACACCCUGCUGCAGAUGACAACCCUCCCGCGAACGGCAGCCUCCUGAAAGCGGUAGCUGGAGCAGCGUGGUUGCUGGUGCAUAUUUGAAGGGAUUCUCCCUGUGUCUGAUUUCUGGUGCAGCUCCCAUGGCCUGUGACGAACCUGCUGCUCUCUCAGGCAUCUUCACACGCCAGAACUCUGCCAGCGCUGUCUCUCUGGACUUUGAGCCUGACGCUGACUACAAGUUUGUCGAAACCUUAGAAGACCGGUACAAGUGCGCCUACUGCCACCUCGUCCUUCGCAAUCCCCACCAGACGGGAUGUGGGCAUCGGUUUUGCCAGCAGUGCAUUCUUUCUUUGAGAGAGUUGAAUGCAGUACCCACCUGUCCUGUCGACAAAGAAACAAUAAAAAUGCACGAGGUAUUCAAAGAUAACUGCUGUAAAAGAGAAGUUCUCAACUUGCAUGUGUUCUGCAAAAACAUUCCCAACUGCAGUUCAAAAAUAAUUCUGGGACGAUAUCAGGAGCAUCUUCAGCAGUGUUUGUUUGAAAGCGUGCAAUGCACUAAUGAUGGAUGUUGUGAUCAAAUUCUUCGGAAAGAUUUGAAAGAGCAUUUGAGCCAGCACUGUAAAUUUCGAGAAGAAAUGUGUCAGUAUUGUAGUAAAUAUGUGGUGUUAGUUAACAUAAAGAAUCAUGAGAAAAAUGACUGUCCUGAUUAUCCUGUGCCUUGUCUCCAAAACUGUUCACAAAUAAUUCUGAAAAAGGAGAUUGAAAAGCACCACGCGGUGUGUCCUGAGGCGGAAGUGGACUGCCCAUAUAAGCAGUACGGCUGUCUUGUAAAGGUUAAAAGAGGGAAACUUGCCGAACAUGAGAAUGGUGCCCUGAGGGAACACAUGCUGCAGAUUUUAGACAAGAACUCCCGAUUGGAAGAACAGAUAUCUGACCUGUAUAAGAGCCUGGAAUGUAAAGAGAUUAAAAUUCAGCAGCUAGCAGAGGCCAUUAAAAAGUGUGAGAAAGAAUUCAGACAGUUUACACAGUUGUUUGGUAAAAAUAACAACUUGAUGGUAAGCACACAGGCUCUGGCCAGUCACCUGGAUAAGUCUGCACGCCUGGAGUCACAAGUGAAACAGCUAAUACAGAUGGCAAACCAGCAACAAAACAAAUUAGACUUGCGACCCCUGUUUGACACAAUUGAAAAUGUGAAACAGAAGAUUGCCCUGAUGGAGACCUACGAUCAGCGCUUGGUUGUUUUGGAAGGUCAGUCCAGCAAACACGAUCUCCAGAUCAAUAUUCACAAAGCACAGCUCAAUAAAAAUGAAGAACGAUUUAAGCUUUUGGAAGGCACAUGCUACAAUGGGAAAUUAAUCUGGAAAAUCACGGACUACAAGAUGAAGAAAAAAGAAGCGGUGGAAGGCCGUGUCCUCUCCAUAUUCAGCCAACCCUUUUACACCAGCCGCUGCGGGUACAGGUUAUGCGCGAGGGCCUACCUGAACGGGGAUGGCUCAGGAAAGGGAACACACGUCUCUCUCUACUUCGUAGUGAUGAGAGGGGAGUUUGACUCGCUGCUACUGUGGCCUUUCAAGCAAAAAGUUACACUUAUGCUUUUGGACCAAAGUGGGAAAAAAAAUCACAUUGUGGAAGUCUUUCGAGCUGAUCCCAAUAGCAGCAGUUUCAAAAGGCCAGAUGGAGAGAUGAAUAUUGCCUCUGGAUGUCCACGCUUUGUGCCGCACACAGUUCUGGAGAACACAAAGAACACCUACAUCAGAGAUGACACUCUGUUUUUGAAAGUGGUUGUGGAUUUAACCGAUCUGGAGGAAUUGUGACAAGCGCGCCUGAUCGAUUGACUGCUUUAAUCAUUAAGAAAUGCUUUCCUAGUGACUGCCAGCCAUGCAAUAGUGAAUUGCCACUAGUCAAGCUAAUGAUAAUGUCUCGAGGCUUUUGGACUGCAUAACAGAUAAUGAAUUGCCAAAGCAUCAGCCUUUCCUUUUUUAACUUUUUUUCAAGACUGCAUUUUUAAGGCAGCUAGAAGUCCAGUUUGAUGCGAACACGCAUCCGAUCCAGGCUUGGCUCAGUCCAGGCUGGGGGGAAUGCUUAGCUCCCAUCACCAGACUGGCAUUUGGAGAUGAAACUCCUCCAGAAAGCCCCCUUGGAGCCCAAGCGGGCCUGUGGGCUCCCGUCCCUCACACAGAACUGAAGCCAUACGCAAGUGUGCAAGUGCAUUUCACCUGUCUGAAAUUGAAACAUUUCAACAUUAGCACAUUUGAGUCAAUGUAUCUUGAUCCCUCCAUCUCCUGGAUUUUUGAAGCAGGGAGAAUGGCUUCAGUCAGGCAGGGCAAACAUUUGCCUGGGAUCUUGCAUGUUUUGUUUUGUUUUAAUUGUUUUUUCCAGAAAGCCCAGAGGAAGAUGCCAAUGCCUCUUACUUUUCUAACCUGGUAUUUCAGCUGUACAGAGUACCCCCAGGUCACAAUAGCUUUGUUACGGCCUUUCUGGUCCUGCCUAGUGCCUUGGGACUGAUUUCUAUUGGUGGUAAACAUCCACAGUCCCCAUCUGCAGUCAAAAGAAGCUGCAGGUCCUUCUAACCUCUCAGGACAUAGCCAGAAGCAGGGUACUCAGCCAGCCUGCCAGCUCUUGGCUGUGCUGCUAGAAGAAGGGGGGCAAAACUCCUGUAAUUUUGCUCCCACAUCUGCACAAAAGACAUGUUUUCUGGCCUACCAGCUCUACAGAAGGCAGGAAGAGCUUUGGAUAUCUGCUUGAGAAGCCCAUGUAAGAAGCACCGUUCCCCUCUGCUAGAAAUGGGGAUGUUUGGGAAAGAAGGAGGAAAAUGGACUAGGGAGUGAGGUUGCCGUAAGAACCCAGUUCUCACAGGUAAUGAAGCUCUAGCAUUUGUUAAAAGGUGAGACAGCUGCUGAGGAACAACCACUAACUUUGAAAUAUGUCUGAAAAAUCUUAAUUUUUACUCCAAGUUCCCUCCAAGGGAACGUGUGCUUUGUAUGGGGUUUAUUGGAGACACACUAAACCCACCAAGAUCAGGCACUGAGGAACAAGUGACAAAGAGUACACGUGCCUUUUUAAAGCCUUUUGGGUGCCUGUAAGAGAGAUGUAAUUUUGCACACUCAGUCAUUUUGUUAUUACAAGUGACAGAACUUCGCAUGUCUCUCAUCUCUCACUGAUGAGGUAGUGAAACAACUGCAAUGUUAUCCACUGCUCCUGCAGUCCACUGGCAGAGCAAACCCAGAGCUUGUCAGGAGACAGCAAGAAACCAGGCUGGGUUUAGACUAAGAAUAAGCUAGGCAGGAUAAAAAUCAAAAUAGGGCACAGACUGCAAGGCAUAAAAUAGAAGAUUCAAGAGGACAGAUGUGGCAAAAUCAAAAAUGCCCAUUCUGUGCAGGAUGUUGAUAUCAACUGAAAUAAUAUGACUUGGGGAUUGAUACUAAGAUAAAAGCUAAAUACCGUACUUUGUAUCUGCAGUCUCAUUGCUAGGCAUUUACUUUCUCACAGGGUUUAUAGGACAUAAUUCAGACAGAAAUAUUUUCAAAUUUAGGGAUGGGAGGGAAGAGACCUUAGUUAUCUGUACCUUAUGGCGAGUUAGCACACCUGAAAUCUUUGUUUUGAUCUAGAUGUCCUUUUUGUUGUACAAUGUCAGGACAUACUGGGCCACUGUAGGGGCUUUCUGUUCCCAGGGACAGGUGGUGAGGGCCAGAUUUCAUGCUUUUGUAUGGCCAUGACUGACUUUGAGUCAUUUUGGCUGUACAACAGAAAGAAUUAGGCCUCCUGUCCCUAACACUUUGCUACAGAAAGAGCAAGCUUGGUUUGAAAAUGGUGUGGCAUUCUAGGACAUCAAUCCCGAGCCUUGGACAUGGACUUCAUGUCAAUUAUUACUUUAAUAUUUGUCAUGCAACUUGCAUAAUAACCACUGAAAACUGACGGAAACAUACCACCCAUGUUUCCUGGGACUCUGCAGUAUGUUGAGUGUAAAAUACAGAAAGUGAUAAAGAACUUGGAGGAUCGAGGGAGGCAAGAGGGAAAGGAUGUGGUCUGUAUCCUGGCAAAUUCCCAGCUCUUUCCGCCUCCACCACCUCAAGUGUAAAAUGGGGAUAAUAAUACUUGCAGAAGCGUUAGGACUAUUUAAAUUUGUGUGAAGAAUUUUGAGCAUGAAAAGAGCUAAGUAUUAUUAAAACUCCAUUUCUGAUUGUUAGAGUAGGUGAUGGCAGAGUGAUGUGAAUAAGUGUUUAGUGUGUUCCUGGACAGAUUUGGAAAGCAUGUUCACUUUCAGCCAGUCCGUACUGCAAUCUCUUCGCUACCUACCAGUUGGGUUUAGGUUUUUGCCACGAAUAUUCCUUUUAAAAUUUUGAAGCACAAAUGAUUCAUCCUGGGUGAUGGAAACAUCUCUUUUGAAAUACUGCCUGUUUUAUAAAGAAUUAGUUGCGUACAUUAAUUUUUUAAAAGACAACCUUUAAAUUGGUUCUUUUUAUUACAGCAAUUGAGAGAUUUAUGUUAAAAUUUUCAGCAAUUUUUACUACUUGUAAACAGGAUUUUAAAUUUCAUCCCAUUCCUACUAAAGAAAACAAGGUCAUAUAGCAUGAAUUGUCAGGAACAAUUUUGAUGUUGCAUGAAAAACACCAAAAAACUUUUCAAUAAUAUUGUACUGAGUAAGUAACCAAAAGAGCAUAGGGUAUUUCUACAUCAGCAUACAGUAUGUUUUUAAUGUAUUUAUUGAUAGUUUGUAGAUGUUUGAGUAUCUCUUACUACAAUACAGGCAUUUUUCUAGCCAAAUGUCAUCACUGUAUAUGUAAACUAAUGUAACAAUAAAUAAUGUUACCACCCUUCUGGA